AUGGGGCUUGGGGACAUGUUGGUCCCCUUGCAUCUCUACCAACUACCAAUCGACCACGAGUGCCAUGACGACAGUUGGGUUGCUGCAUAUUCUGGUAAAUGGCAAGUGAAAGGUUAUGAGAAAUCUGCAGCUUGUUUGGAAUCAGAAUCUGGUAUUUCAUACAAAUCGGUGGAAUUUAAGUUGCUUGAAUCUUCAAUAAUUGGUGCUGAUUGGGAGGGUUGUAUUGAUAGCCUUUAUGGGAUCAAGAACAUGACGGAUGAACAAAGAGACACAGCUUUGUUUCUUGUUUCCCAACAGUGUUUGUUGGAGUGUUUGGGCCGAGGGGAUGAUUCUUUAGCUUUGUCCCUUUUGCGUAAACAAAUCUCCAAAUUGCAAGUGGGAAGAGAGAAAGUUCACAAGCUUGCUUUUAGUUUGUUUUCACUUGGGGAGCUUGGUUUAGAUAAAGUUCAUGAUGAUUGUGAUGUUUUUCAAGAACUGAGAAGGAAUCUAGUAAAUGAAUUGGAGAAAUUGCUUCCACCACCAAUCACUGUACCUGAUAGAAGAUUGGAACAUCUGGUUGAAAGGGUGGUUGGUUCCCAAAUUGAUUCAUGCAUCUACCACAAUUCUCUGGAUCCAGUAUCAAUCUAUAAGGAUCAUUCUUGUGGUAGGGAUCAGAUCCCUACAGAAACCAUUCAGAUUUUGUCCGACCACAAGAAUGAAGUUUGGUUUGUUCAGUUCUCUAACAAUGGGGAUUAUUUAGCAUCUUCAUCAAGUGAUUGUACAGCAAUUAUAUGGAAGGGAAGUUAACCUUCUUAACUAUGCACAACAGGGGAGUUGGGCACUUAGUCUCAUAGUGGCUUGAGUGUCUCCAACUGCCAUUUCAGAUACAAGAAGAUGGGAAGUUAGUUUUGAAACAUAGAUUAUCCAGUCAUCAAAACCCGGUUUCUUUUGUAAUCUGGAGCCCCGAUGACACAAUGGUGUUGACAUGUGGGAACUUAGAAGUCCUUAGGCUUUGGGAUGUGGAAACAGGUACAUGUAAGCACACAUUUGGUGAUAACAGCUUCCUUGUUAGCUCCUGUGCUUGGUUUCCAGACUCAAAGAGACUUGUGUGUGGGAGUUCAGACCCUAAAAAAGGCAUCUGCAUGUGGGAUUGUGAAGGCAAGGAGAUCAAAGCAUGGAGAGGAACACGGAUGCCAAAGGUGUUAGAUAUUGCUGUUACUCCAAAUGGUGAAUAUCUGAUUACUAUUUUUUCAGAUAAAGAUAUUCGGAUACUAAACGUGGCUACAAAUGCUGAAAGAGUUAUCUCUGAAGAACACCCGAUUACAUCUCUUUCGGUUUCUGGUGACAGCAAGUAUUUGAUUGUUAAUCUUAAUAGCCAAGAGAUUCAUAUGUGGGAUGUUGAAGGGUUAUGGGAAAAGCCUUUGAGAUAUAAGGGCCAUAGGCAACAUAAAUAUGUCAUUCGUUCUUGCUUUGGUGGGGUCAAUAGCACCUUUAUUGCCAGUGGCAGCGAAAAUUCACAGGUGUAUAUCUGGAAUCGAAGUGGUUGUGAUCCAAUUGAGGUGCUUUCUGGUCAUUCAAUGACUGUAAACUGUGUGAGCUGGAAUCCUAGGAGACAUCAAAUGCUAGCAUCAGCUAGUGAUGAUCAAACCAUUCGCAUAUGGGGACCAAAUCCCUCACAGAAGAUGCAUCUGAAGGGGCUCAUAUGAGAUAUAUGUAAUCAUAACUUGUAAUUAUUAUCAAGUCAGAACAUCUUUUUCCUCUCUGAAUGUGUUGUUGACUUAUUUUGGUUCUUGUGCUCUUCAUGUAAAGUAACCAUUUUUGCUACCUCUUUGUUUUUUUUUACUUGCUGUAUCUUCUAUACGUUUUGUAGUUAGACAUCGAUUUGGAAUUUCUGGUUUCUGUGUUCACAGAACCAAAACCCAUAUAUGAUUUUAGUUACUGUUAUACUAAUCUGAUGAAUAUGGAUUUUUGUUGAUAAA